GACAACUCCUCGCAUCGACAUCGCCAUCCAUCCAGUGCCUGUGUGAUGCGCCAAUCAAGGGCUUUGAGGGUGGCCACCCAAGAUGUGUGCAUCUUCUGCGCCUACCGGCCCACGCCACCGUCGAGCUCGUUAGCUGGGCGAGCCCGUGUGUUCAGCAACCAGGCACGGCCGCAACACCAGCAGGCCGCUGCUCUGUCGUUGAAAGAUGAUGAUGCAGAUGGAGGAUGGGGAGGCCUAGCAGACGAGACAGAAUCCAUCUCGAGUCCGGUGGCGAAGACGCAAACAAAAGCUCAAGAGCCUCCGACACAAUCUUCAGACUUUCCUCGACAGAUACGGCGUGUUUUACAACGAGACAAUUACCAGGCUAAACGCGAGCCAGCCAAUGGAGCUCGAAUCCGGCUCGUGGCAAGCGUUGGUGAAACCAAGCCUGCAAAUUCUUCCAAAUGGGCCAUUCUUCGUGGACGGCAACAGGGACAGCUGAGCAGAGACAGACCAGAGAUUGAUCAAACCUCAAAGUAUUCGGGUUCUCGCCCCGAUUCAGCGCACGUGCCGUGGUCUCGGAGCACAGGUAGUUCCAACGCUGCUUCCUACGUUCCUUUCGACUCGCGGUUCGAUCCGUCGAAGCUGAGAAUGCCUCGGGCAUUCGAAGAAGACUCGACGCGCUCAGCGUCGCAAAAUAGAACAAGUAGCAAUCAACGGCAGCUGUCUGAACAAGUGCAGGAACGUAUCGGUCGGCGACGCGAGCCGGAAUCAAGAGUCACGGAAGAUGCUGUGAUCGGCCGGCCUCGGCCAGCGGCUCGUGAAGAGUUGGACGAAUACGGCUUUCCCAUUGCUAACAGUGCAAGUGCAGCGGAGCAAGUUAGCACCAGCCUUGAACAGCGCGCCAGUCCCAGCACUGCAACCCGGGAGGAAGCGCGACAGCGACAUCUCGAAAGCGCACGAGCUGUCCGGCGUGGUGACAGAAGUCAAGAUCAUGAUUUGAAGAAAGAUAGCCGUAAGAAAGGGCGCAUUGGACGUACCAGCGUCCGGGAUGAAGACCACGAAGAUGAUUUCGACGUCGAUGAAUAUCACCGUAGGAAACGCGAGAGGCAAGCGGCAAGAGCCUUGGAAAAGAGCACAUCAAAGAUGAAAGAGGAGCGACGGACGAUCAGACUGCCGGAUUUCAUCCGGGUGGGCAAUCUGGCUACGGAAUUGCAAUUGCGCUAUCACAAAUUCGCGGCGAUCUUGGAGAAGUUCGGCUUCGAAGACGUCAACUCAGACUACGUGUUGAGCGCUGAGAAUGCUGCUUUGAUUGUGGAAGAAGCUGGCUUCAAUGCGGUCACUGAAAGUACCGAGCCUGAUCAGGAUCUAUACGCCGCACCUUUACCGGAGGACACGAGUUCUCUUCCACCGAGACCGCCUGUGGUCACGAUCAUGGGUCACGUAGAUCAUGGCAAGACAACUAUUUUGGAUUUCUUGAGGAACUCAUCCAUUGCUGCUUCGGAGCAUGGAGGCAUAACGCAGCAUAUCGGCGCGUUCAGCGUGCCCAUGCCCUCAGGAAAGACCAUCACAUUUCUUGACACUCCUGGCCACGCAGCGUUUCUUUCCAUGAGACAACGCGGCGCUAACGUCACAGACAUUGUCGUUCUCGUUGUUGCUGCAGAUGACAGCGUUAAGCCUCAGACUCUGGAGGCUUUGAAGCACGCGAGGGCCGCCAAUGUUCCUAUUAUUGUGGCAAUGACAAAAAUCGAUAAGCCAGAAGCCAAGCCGGAGCAAGUCAAACAAGAUCUGGCGCGUCAUGGAGUUGAAAUUGAGGACUACGGAGGAGACGUGCAAGUCGUCCAGGUCAGUGGCAAGACGGGGCAAGGUAUGACGGAUCUCGAGGAAGCUAUCAUUGCCCUGAGCGAAAUUCAGGAUCAGCGAGCUCCUAUCGAUGGCCCUGUCGAAGGGUGGGUCCUUGAGUCGUCAACCAAGGAAGUCGGCAAAGUUGCUACAGUCCUUAUCCGACGCGGUACUCUUAGACCGGGUGAUAUCGUCGUCGCCGGCACCGAGUACUGCCGCGUUCGUACCAUGCGCGACGAAUUCGGUAAUCAGGUCGCGCAGGUCGGGCCCGGUAUGCCUGCCGAAAUCGACGGCUGGCGUGGCCAGCCAAACGCCGGCGAUGAAGUUCUUCAGGCUGCCAAUGAGCAGAUUGCACAAGACGUGACAGAGCUGCGAGAAGCCAAGCUUAAGCGCCUUGGAUUAACCAAGGAUGUGGAGGCCAUCAACGAGAUGCGCAAGGCGCAGCAGCGACGCCACGAGCGUGAAAAGGCCAUUCACCGCGCACAGAAUCAGGGCAUUGUGCUCCCGGACCAAGAUGCCUCUGAAAGCGGAGAUGCAGAUGGCGUCAAGAAGGUAUACUUUAUCGUCAAAGCUGACGUCGCGGGCUCGGUGGAAGCCGUGGUCAACGCAAUCACCUCACUCGGCAACAGUGAGGUUCAACCCAUCGUCCUUAAAGCAGCCGUUGGUGUCGUCGCAGAGUCGGACAUCGACUAUGCGACCGCCGUUGGCGGUCAUGUAGUCAGCUUCAACACCUCCAUUCCACCAUCGAUGCGUUCGCUCGCGGAGCGGGCGGGGACGAAGAUUCUUGAUCACAACAUCAUCUACAGGCUAGCAGAUGAUGUGAAAUCCUGUUUGGAGGAUGUUCUGGAGCCAGUUGUGAAGAGUCGCGUCCUAGGCGAGGCGGAGAUUGCACAGAUCUUUGACAUUCACGUCAAGAGAAAGGUGGUCAAGAUCGCGGGAUGCAAAGUUAGGAACGGAACCAUUUUGAGAAACGGUAAGAUCAGGGUGUUGAGAGGCCCAGAGAACGAAGUGGUUUAUACAGGUGCCUUGUCCUCCCUGAAGCAUGUGAAGAAGGACGUCAUGGAGAUGGCGAAGGGAAGUGAGUGUGGGAUGGGAUUUGAGGAGUGGCAGGACUUUCAGCCAGGUGACAUUGCUCAGUGCUAUGAGGAGUGGGAGGAGAGAAGGAAAUUGUAGAUCAUUCUUAUGGCGCUUGUAGACCAUGUGUAGAUUAGUAGAUUGCACAUAGCAUUAUGUGGUUGUUAGAAGUAAUACAUGGCUCAUCUCCUCUGCUUUGCAACA